AGUGUCACCAUCAGUACCACAACCGCACGACAAGCCCCGGUGCUCAGACCGACCUACCGACCUACACACAGAAAAUCCGCCACAGUCAUUCCCUGACAGCCAUGAAACAGACUCUGCUCGAGCUGAUGAGGAUGAGCAGAAUAUGCCGGAUGGUACUCGCCACUUGUUUGGGAUCUUUUAUUCUGGUCAUCUUUUAUUUCCAAAGUAUGUUCCAACCAGUCAUGCGGAGGAACCAGUUUGCGGCGGACGUGUGCUGUAGGAAAGGCUCCCGCAACGCACUGCAGGAACUCUACAACCCCACGCAGUCGGAGUUCUCCAGUGCCGCCAUCCUCCACCAGGGGAGGAGAGACCAGGUAGCAGAGUCAUGUCGGGCCCAGAGUGCAUCCAGCCGCAAGCGCCGGGUCCUGACCCCUGGUGACCUCAAACACCUGGUGGUGGAUGAGGAGCAUGAGCUCAUCUACUGCUAUGUCCCCAAGGUGGCCUGUACCAACUGGAAACGCGUCAUGAUGGUCCUCACGGGACGCGGCAAGUACAGUGACCCUAUGGAGAUCCCUUCCAACGAGGCCCACGUCCCGUCCAACCUGAAAUAUCUGAACCAGUACAGCAUUGCUGAGAUCAACCACCGCCUCAAGAGCUACCUCAAGUUCCUGUUUGUCCGGGAGCCCUUCGAGAGGCUCGUCUCCGCUUACCGCAACAAGUUCACCCUCAAGUACAACUCCUCCUUCCACCGCCGCUUCGGCACCAAGAUCGUCCGCCGCUACCGCAAGAACGCCACACAGGAGGCGCUGCUCAACGGCGCCGACGUCAAGUUCCGGGAGUUUGCCGAGUAUCUUGUCGACCCGGCCACGCAACGAGACGGCCCGCUCAACGAGCACUGGCAGACGGUGUACCAGCUGUGCCACCCCUGUCAUAUCCACUAUGACCUGGUGGGCAAGUACGAAACCCUGGAGGAAGACGCCAAGUACGUUCUGCGGCUGGCGGGGGUGGGCGAGUCGGUGCGCUUCCCGACCUACGCCAAGUCCACCCGCACCACAGACAGCAUGACGGCCCAGUUCUUCAGCAACAUCAGCUCCCAACAGCACAGCCAGCUCUUCCAGCUGUAUAAACUGGACUUCCUCAUGUUCAACUACUCCACGCCAAGCUAUCUGCGACUGGACUAACGACUAGAGGACCAGGACUUGACUAGCCAGUUGGGACUCUGGGCACGAUCCACUUUUAAUAAGAGAAGAAAAAAAAUAACUGAGAGAGAGGAGAAUGGAUAUUUUUGCGAAAGCUUUAUUCAAAAACUGUCGUCACUGUUUCUGGGGGUGAAUAGGAAGGGCUGAGGUGAAUGGGAGGGACAGAGAUUGAGGAAAGGUGCUGGAUCCGAUUUGAUGUGAAAGAGUCUUUGUUAUCCAAUCGGCAUUGUCCUGAAGGUAAUAAAGGAGGAAGGGGAGAUCCUAUACCAUGAGAAUGCAGGGUUCGGGCGGAGCUGAUGUCAGAGGAUUUCUAAGAGGGGAAAUAGAAUAGAGAAGCAGUGCUCUUGGAGAGUGGUUAAUGUGUGUUCUGUAUGUAAAUGAGUUGGGACUCUUGACCAAUUAGGCUGCUUUGGAUUUUGCACAGCAAAUGGUGACCUCGCAUGCACGCGCCCUGGCCCCAAAGCAUCAUGGGAGCUGAGCUUAUUUUAUAACGAACAAUAACGAAACUCCGUCAAAUUGUAAAACACAUCCAUGUCCUUCAGUGUGCUGUAUCCUGGGUGUGUUUGAUAGCACCCACCAAUUAUACAUUUGAUAAGUAUACUGGCUCUUGGCUCCACCUCAAGCCCUCCUCAUUAUAGCUGUCUAUUGACUUUGCUCUAAAGACCUCUAGAACCAUCAGGUGUAAACAGUGGAGCUACAAUUUACAGCCAACUGCUCUAAAGUAGUAGCUACGCUGUCAAGAUCGCCAUCGUCACAAGGUGAAAAGAACUCCUGAGGUUUGCCAGGUGAGGCCUCAGACUCCCACAGCAGGAUCUGAAACGGCGGCCUUUUUAGAAAGAUGCUGAGCACCCUCAAGGCUUUAAGCCACAGGAAGUGGUCAGAAGGAGAAAGGAAGUGCCAUUGUGAAUGGGUGUACCGGAUGUGAUUGACAGGUGUUAGGGGCCUCCCACUGACCCAGAGAGGAACUGAAGAAGAGAUGGCUCGUGUGGCUGUGAAAGGGUUUAAGGGACAGGAUCUCAUAACCCCGCCCACGCCACGCCCUUAAAACAGGGAUGGCCAUAACCCCGCCCACGAGCAAUAACCCCCCCCUCUGCUUCGACGACCAAUCAUGUAUUUUAGUAAAUUAAGUCUUUUUUUUUAAUGUCUUCGUUUUAUUGUCUUAUGAAAACAUUGCUGCGAGCAGCAAUAAAAAAAUAUUAUUUAAACUGCUUUUACUGCCGGGGGGAGGGGGAGGGGGAGGAGAUUUUAAUAUUUGUUUUCUUGGCAGAUGAACAUUUCAGUAGAUUUUUAAAGAUAACAUUGUUUUUAUGAGUUUUGUUUCUCAUGUUUUUUUUGUCCUGAGUUGCCUCCGGUACACUGUUAAUGAUAACAUUUUAAUUUUCUUCCAUUUUUACCAAGGGUGUACAAUAUAGUGAAGUCUGUGGCUUUGGUUUCUCUGUGCGUGAGAGCUGGGACUUCCCAUUGGGAUUUAGAGUUAUUCCCUCUCUCCCCCUUAGUCAACUGAGUCUGGUGCCAAAGGGUUGGAACACUGCCAAUGGCAGAAAGGGACAGUCAGCUCAACUCUUAUCAGUACUUUUCGCUACAUCCAAUAAUUUACAAAAAUGAAAACAUAUAAACUACAGCAUGAGAAAAGUAUUUCACAUACAUAUCUACAUCACAGGCUACUGCUCAGAAUCAGAAACAAGAGCAGUGGUUGCCUUCAUAAUGAUUGAUAAUGGAACCAUCUACCUUUCAGUCUGGCGGUGAAAGUCAGGUCUGUGUUCGCCCUCCUCAGGUGAAAGUGCAGUGUCUAAUCAUUACUCUGUGUAGUCUAUGGGAUCGCAGAGAGUCGUAUACACAGUACAGGAGUGGGCGACGGAGGGAGAGAGAAGACAACUUAAUUAGCCAAGCUGGGAGGGAGGGAGUCCUCUUUAUUCUUUACACCCCUUUGUCAUUCUUCCUCCACUCAGACUUCAAAGAGAGAGGGAUGUUUAUUGGGAAAGUUGUGUAUUUUUACAUUGCUAGGUCUGAGCAGAAGUAACAGCUGCACAGAAAUGAAUCACUUCUAUAUUCAUCUGUCCCUCUGACUGUUAGUUUAGACAGGUGGGGUGACUAAUGAGAAGCUCACCUCAUUCUGUCAUAGCUUCUAAAAUAUUGGUGUCAGUUGUGUAUGCUUGCAUGUGUGUGUCGUUAUAAUUAGCAACUGGUUUGGAGGAACACGGUCCUCCACAUCUGGCUCUGAUAAAGAGGAAGGCUGCUGGUUUGGAGGAACAAGGCCCUUCACAUCUGGCUCUGAUAAAGAGGAAGGCUACUGGUUUGGCCUACAUCUCCGACCCCAUCCACUUACAGAAACAAUGGGAGCAUUCUGAGCUCUCCUCUCUCUCUCUCUCUCUC